UGUAGUCAGUUCGAUUUGAAACUUGUUACAAUGAAGAUGUUUUCAACUUUAUUAACUUUUUUGUUCGUGAUUAAAAUCUGCAAUGUCACCACCUUUGUUCUCGAAACUAACGAAAAGAUCGUCGGGGGAGAUGCUGUCGAAAUCGAACAAUUUCCCUACCAGGUAGCCGUCCUGGACGUUGACGAGCAAAUCUGCGGCGGCUCAAUCGUGAGCAAUAGAUGGGUUCUAACGGCGGCGCAUUGCACCGAUGACACCAUCCCGCGCUAUCUAACGGUUCGAGUGGGCUCGUCAUUCCACCGGUACGGAGGUGUGGUUCAUCAAGUGGAAACGGUCGUUCAAUAUCCCGGUCAUGUACCUUACGGAUGGCUGAAUGACUUUGCGCUGUUGCAUCUGGAAACGACGAUGGAAUUCGGCACGGCAGUGCAACCCGUUCAAUUGGCAUCGACCGAAUCCGAUUUGGAUUUCGAGGUCGAUUGUUUUGUGUCCGGGUGGGGGAAAACUUUAAACGAGUCGCAAAGUACCGAACAGUUGCGGGCGGCACACGUUCGAUUGCUUCCCGAAGAACAGUGCAACCAGUACUAUGAGGGACAAUUGGACGAGACAAUGGUUUGCGCGGGGGAAGACGGCCGUGACUCGUGCCAAAAUGAUUCCGGAGGACCAUUAGUUUGCCGAGGGAAGCAGGUUGGUGUUGUUUCCUGGGGGAAAGGGUGCGCUGUCGUCCCAGGAGUGUAUGCUAAUGUCGCAUUUGCUAGAAGCUGGAUCAAGAAGAUCACCGGAUAUUGAAUCGAAUGAUGGAGGAAACAAUCUUGUUUUGGAAUAAAUUUUCUUAUUUUGUCAUCAA